AUGAAAUACGUGCGUAAUUUUGGCGGAGCAAUUCGCACUUCGCGGUUCCGGUCAACCCAACACGUACAAGAGGAAACCGGUGCGAAGAAGGUGUUUGCUGAGAGAAUCCCGGACCCACGGGCGCGGAAUUGGCGCCCAUUUUGCCGUUCUCUGUGCAUGUGAGUUUUUGAGCAAGAUUAACCGUUUUGAGAAGAUUUUUUAAAGAUUUUUCAGGUAUCUUUCCGGUUCUCAACCCGUCAAUACCUUCUACUACACUCUGGAAUCGGUGGUUGAGAAAGCGACCAAGAAGAUCUGUUUUUGAAGUUCGAGGAGACGUUCCGACAGGCUAUGAAAGUAAGAAAAUUUUGGAAAGUUUCAGAUACUCAGCGAUUUGAAGUGAGGAAACAGCGGCGAAAAAGGCGUUUUGAGGAAACCGCGGAUGACCGCUGUUUCGCCAAGCUCAAAUCGUGGCGAGACCACAGCCGCGGCGCUUUUGUCGAAACGGCGGAGGAACGCCGUUUUAACGGAAAACAACGCAGUUUUCUGGCGGAGUUCUGGCGAAACACGCUUGUAAGCGUGUUCGACCCGCUUUCCGCCGCUGUUUCCUCACUUCAAAUCGCUGAGUAGGAACUGACACAACAAGAUGAACUCCCUAUUUUUAUCCGUUUGAGGAGCUCUCGACAACCGGCCGGAGGACUGGAUGCGAGCUGAAGAAGAAGAAGAAGAAGAAUCAGUAA